GAAGCUUCCUCCAUUUUCAUUGAAUUCGCCCACAAGCUUCACUAAGAACUCCAUCUUCUCUCUCUAGUUCUUCGUUUUUGUUGUUAACAGAUGGGGAAUUGUCUAGAAUCGUCUGCUAAGAUUGAUACAGCUCAAAGUCCUUCGAACAAUUCUGGAACUUCAAGAGUUUCCGGCAAAAGGGUACCUCCGAAACUGACAGUACCGUCUUAUAGAGAAAACACGAGUGUGAUUCUUCCAACUCCACGAUCAGAAGGAGAAAUUCUUUCUUCUCCACAUACCAAAGCAUUCUCAUUUAACGAGCUUAAGAACGCGACUAGAAAUUUCCGUCCUGAUAGUCUUCUUGGUGAAGGAGGAUUCGGUUCUGUCUUUAAAGGUUGGAUUGAUGAACAAACGUUAACUGCUUCAAAGCCUGGAUCUGGUGUUGUUGUUGCUGUGAAGAAACUUAAACCUGAAGGAUUUCAAGGUCACAAGGAGUGGUUGACUGAAGUUAACUAUCUUGGCCAACUUCAUCAUCCUAAUCUGGUGAAAUUGAUUGGAUACUGUUCUGAAGGUGAUAAUAGGCUCUUGGUUUAUGAAUUCCUUCCAAAAGGAAGCUUGGAGAAUCAUCUUUUUAGAAGAGGGGCUCAACCUCUUUCAUGGGCUAUAAGGAUCAAAGUGGCAAUAGGAGCUGCAACAGGCCUUUGUUUCUUACAUGAUAAUGAGGAGCAAGUUAUAUAUCGUGAUUUCAAGGCUUCGAAUAUUCUUCUAGAUCCGGAUUUCAUUGCGAAACUAUCGGACUUUGGGUUGGCUAAGGCAGGACCAACGGGUGAUAGGACACACGUCUCGACUCAAGUUAUAGGUACCCAUGGUUAUGCAGCCCCUGAAUAUGUUGCCACAGGUCGUUUAACUGCAAAAAGUGAUGUCUAUAGCUUCGGUGUGGUUUUAUUGGAAUUAUUGUCUGGUCGUCGAGCAGUUGAUAGUACGAGGAUUGGUGUGGAACAUAAUCUAGUGGAGUGGGCAAUGCCUUAUUUGGGAGAUAAACGAAAAUUGUUUCGAAUUAUGGACACGAAAUUGGAAGGGCAAUAUCCUCAAAAGGGAGCUUUUAUGGCUGCUAGCCUUGCACUUCAAUGUUUGAAAUCUGAGGCUAAAGCACGCCCAAAAAUGUCUCAAGUUUUAGCUACUUUAGAAGAGAUUCAGUCACUGAAAACUGCAUCCAAGUACUCAAACCGUCGUGGUGGUGGUGCUGAUCGAUCUCCGAUGAAUCUGACACCUUCCGCCUCUCCAUUGCCAGCCAAGUUUUGAACCCGAUUUUGGUCUUAGUACCUGGUUGCUUCAUGUGUGUAAUGUAAUAUAUAGAACUUUGUUAAAGAUUGUAUCGAAGGUAGCUCCUUAAAUCCUCUUUUGUUUUGGAAUUUGAGUUUCUUCUCAUCCCAGUUCAUCUGAAAAACAGCAUAAAUUAGAAUUGAAUUAGAAUGUGUAUAUUGUUUGAUGAGAAUAAUUUGUACCCUACACAAGGGAAUUGACAAA